AAUCACUGAGAGGAGAGAGAGCGUGCGGCGACGGCGACGAUGCUAGGGUUUUGAACCCGACUAUGCACUCGAUUUCUCCGGCGACGGUGGAUCCGGGACGGCGGUGGGUAUCUGAUGACUUUGUCUGCUGUUUUGUUGAGAGAUUUUCUCUCUGGGUUCGAGAAGUUUGGUUGAUUUCUUUGGUGAAGGAGAUGGUUUGCCGGUGGGAUCGAUGGGGCUUUCGCCAAGAUGAGGUCGAAGGCGACGACGCUAUGGUUUUCACCUGGUGUUUGUGCUCGGUUGCUCUGGCGACGAUGGAUCUGAGAUGGCUAUGGAGUAGAGAAAAUGAACAAGACGAGACGAUAGGGUACUGUGGACAUCAGGUUCAGGUACAAGUUAAGGAGGUAAACAAGCCUUAUAGAAGUUAUCAAGCGGGUGAGUUUGGGGGCCUGCUCAUGUUGGUAGAGAUUCAAAGGUCUUGCUUGGUCUCUGUGGUUUUGUUUUUGUGGAUUGGAAGUCAACUGAGACACUGUGACUUAUGGAAAGAAGAAGGAGAUGACAAGGCGUUAGGGAUAGUUGAAUGGGGUCAGAUGUGGCACAAACUGUUUGUCUGUUCUCCUCAGGUUAUCACACAUGGAAAUCUGUUGUUGAAAAACAGGGCUAAGCUUGGUGUAAGAAGGAGUUGGUUAGCAGGUUGCAGAAGGCUUUCUAAGGCUCAUGGUUUCUCUAUGAUCAGGGAGAUGACGUGGAGAUUCAGAAUAGACUUGAGUCAUGAUGGGCUUGAGGUGAGGCCCGUGGAGAAUUUGAGGGGUUACUGGGUCUGGAUCAGGCUGGGAAGGCCCAUUAAAAGUAGCCUUACACAAGAUGCUACUAAUGAGGUGCUCUGCGAGAAAGAUUUGAGAUUAAUGAGGAUGGAUGGAGAUUUAUUGGAACCUGCCUUUUAUUGGCAAACUUGGGAAUCAAGGGGAAAGAUCGGUCAGAAUAUUCUUCCAUUGAUGAGGAAAUAUCUUUUUGUCUCUUUUUGGGUUGGAGAAUCGCCGGUGUUUUGGGAAGUGAGGAGCUAUUUAUCACGUAGAGAGGCUGGCGUUUUUGCACAGCAAUUCCAAUUAUUCACAUCACCUCUAAAGCUUAGAGACUGCAGUUGGUUUUCUCAUCUUUUUCGGUUAAACUUUGGUUUCAAAAGAGUGACAAUGUCACAGAGUAACUUGGUUUCAAAAAGUAUGGCUGGUAUGACGAACGAGGGACAUGCGACUAAGCGGAAGAUUAAGAUUCCACACUUUGAUAAUUCUGCUCUCAUAGCAGGUUAUUCAAAGACGGUGAUUGGGAGGUGCUUCAAUCCAAGGAUUCAAGAGAUGAAAUCUCUUCUCCAUAUGAUGCCACGAAUUUGGGGGUUGGAAGGGAAGGUAGCAGGGGCAGAUUUGGGUUUAGGGAAAUUCCAAUUUGAUUUUGAUCAUGAGGAGGAUAUUGUUUCGGUGCUCAAAAUGGAGCCAUUCCAUUUUGAUAAUUUGAUGGUUGCAAUGGUGCGUUGGACCCCUACGGUUGAUCCGGAUUAUCCGUCUACUUUGAAGUUUUGGGUUCGUGUUCUGGACGUGCCUUUGCAAUUUUGGGCUGAGCCAACUUUUAGAUACAUUGGGAAGGAGCUGGGUCACGUGGAGGCUGAUGAGGCGGCGGUGGAUCUACAGAAGGGCAGGGUUCAGGUAACAAUUAAUGGACUCAAGCCUUUGUGCUUCGAGACUGAGAUUGAGUUCUCCAAUGGACAAGAGACUCGGGUCAAGCUUCGGUAUGAGAGGUUACAUGGAUUCUGUGAGGUCUGCUUUAGUUUGUGUCAUGAGUCAGGCUAUUGUCUUAGGUCGGUGGAGAAGAUUCAUGACAGGUUUAAGGGCUACGGAGGGGAAGAAGAGGAGGAACGAAAGAAUCUCAGCUACCGUGGUGCGGUAAUUGCGGACAGAGGGCAAAGUGAUGGUAAAGAAGGGAAACAGAAGGCUGUUUAUUAUGAGAGCUCUCAUGGAGAGCGAGGUUACAAAGAGGAUCAGCGGCAUAAUAACGGCCACCAGUAUGGCGGUAAGAAACCAAGGGCUGAGGGCUAUCAAGGGGAGGGGUCAUCUAGGUCUGGUCGAUACCAGAGCACUGCCCAAUAUAAGGACAAUCGGGGACGGAAGGGGUCUGCAAAGGCAGAACAGGUUCGGGCUGAUAACCAUCAAACGGUAUCUGUGGAAGUCUCUGCGCAGGCUGCUGUACCUUCGAAACAGGUUAGAAAGUCUUUGUUUCCAGGGGAUAAUAAGGGGAAAGGCAAGGAACAUGAAGUUAGGGCAGACUCCUCUCAGCCAAUGACAGGUCAGGGUCGGGUUAAUGAUGGAAUGGAGAGAGAGGAGGUUUCUUCUCUGGUAAAGGCUGUCGGUGUUGAUGGGAAGGAAUGUAGGGAGGCAGCCGUGGGGAUUAACCUGCAGAAUGCGAACCAAACUGAUGGUUUAGGGUUAAUGGAUAAGCAGGUAAGUGAGUCCAACUCUGUGCUGGAAUCUGGUUUGCUUGGAAAUGAUGCUGUUAUGGUGGAUAAGACAGUGGAUGAAGAUGAUCUUUUAGACGAUGUGUCGUCUUCAUCAGAGCAGGUUGUAGAUGGGACGGAUAUUGUAGGAGAUGAGAUGAAGGCUGCGGCACCGGAGGUCUCUUCUUCGCAGGAUGAAGGGGUGGAAGCUGGGAAAAAAAUAAGGAUUGGAGGUCUCCUUAUGGGUGUUAGCUCCAAGAAACGGAAUGCACAACUUUUACUGUCCCCUAGGAGGCGGAUUGCGGGAGGAGGAAAGGAUCACGUGGGAGAAGUUUUAAACCGCGACACCGCCUCUGACCAUUCACCGGUUUUAGCUACGAUUGCGGAUAAGAUACCACGCGGGAAACAAAGUUUCAGGUUUGACAAAAGGUGGAUAGGAAAAGAAGGGUUAUUGGAGACAAUUGCAACUGGUUGGAAUUUUGAUACGGAGCCAGGAGAUGGGAAAUUUGUGGAAAAAUUGACCAAUUGUCGGCGAGCAAUCUCGAAAUGGCGACGGGAGCUGACCCCAUAUGGUCGACAAACAAUUGAGGAUUUAAAAUCACAACUAUCCGCGGCACAGCGAGAUGAUAGUCGAUCACGGGAGGAGAUUACGGUGUUAACAAUUCGAUUGAAAGAGGCUUAUAGGGAUGAGGAAUUAUAUUGGCAUCAGAAAAGCCGGAGCUCUUUGCUGCAACUAGGAGACAAUAAUUCGAAAUAUUUUCACGCUCUAACGAAACAGAGACGGGCGAGGAAUCGAAUUACGGGUUUACACGAUGAGAAUGGGAUCUGGUCAACGGAGGAUAAAGAGGUUCAAAAUAUUGCGGUUUCUUACUUUCAGACGUUAUUCACUACGACUAAACCCGAGGAAUUUGAGGAUGCGUUGGAAGAAGUACAAAGGUUGAUUACGGAUCAGAUUAAUGAUUUGUUAAUAGCCCCGGCAACGGAGGGAGAAGUGAGAGCAGCUCUAUUUAUGAUGCAUCCGGAGAAGGCUCCCGGGCCAGAUGGUAUGACAGCUUUGUUUUUUCAAAAAGCUUGGGCUACCAUUAAAGUAGAUCUUUUAUGCUUGGUUAAUUCCUUCUUAGAGGAUGGGAUUUUUGAUAAACAGUUGAAUACGACAAACAUUUGUCUAAUCCCAAAAACGGAAAGACCGACCAGGAUGACGGAGUUACGACCUAUUAGUCUCUGCAAUGUCGGUUACAAGAUUAUAUCGAAGAUUCUUUGUCAAAGACUGAAGACGGUUUUACCAAAACUGAUCUCGGAAACACAAUCGGCUUUUGUAGAAGGGCGGUUAAUUUCGGAUAACAUUCUUAUUGCACAAGAGAUGUUCCAUGGGCAAAGAACUAAUCCAUCCUGUAAAGGAAAAUUCAUGGCUAUAAAAACGGACAUGAGUAAGGCUUAUGAUAGGGUGGAAUGGAUUUUUGUUGAAAAGGUCUUGAACAGAUUGGGUUUCUGUGAAAAAUGGAUUAGUUGGAUAAUGUGGUGUAUCACUACAGUCCAAUACAAGGUUCUCAUUAACGGACAACCUCGUGGUCUAAUAAUUCCAGAGAGAGGAUUACGACAAGGAGAUCCACUUUCUCCUUAUAUAUUCAUUCUUUGUACAGAAGUACUAAUAGCGAACAUACGGAAAGCUGAACGGGAGAAAUUAAUUACGGGUAUAAAGGUAGCAAAUGCAUGCCCUCCGGUUACUCACUUGUUGUUUGCGGAUGAUAGCCUUUUCUUCUGUAAGGCUAAUAAGGAUCAGUGCGGGGUAAUUUUGGGGAUUUUAAAGCAGUAUGAAGCGGUCUCGGGACAACAAAUUAACUACUCGAAAUCUUCGAUUCAGUUUGGACAUAAGGUAGUGGACGAUGUUAAGGAGGAGAUUAAAUCUACUUUAGGUAUUACUACCAUCGGUGGUAUGGGUUCUUAUCUCGGUUUGCCAGAAAGUCUAGGUGGCUCAAAGACGAAACUUUUCUCUUUCGUCCGAGACAGAUUACAGACAAGAAUUAACGGAUGGUCGGCAAAAUUUUUAUCAAAAGGUGGGAAAGAAGUGAUGAUUAAAUCGGUAGCUGCGGCAUUACCAACAUAUGUGAUGUCGUGCUUCAGACUACCGAAAACAAUCACUUCUAAACUUACCAGUGCAGUUGCUAAUUUUUGGUGGAGCUCGCAUGGUGAUUCCAGAGGCAUGCAUUGGAUGGCCUGGGAUAAAUUGUGUACUAGUAAAAUGGAAGGAGGGAUAGGAUUUCGGAAUGUCGAUGAUUUUAACUCGGCAUUACUUGCAAAACAGUUAUGGCGAUUGAUCACGGUUCCAGACUCUCUCUUUGCAAGGAUUUUUAAAGGGCGGUAUUAUCGGAAAUCCAACCCAUUGGAAAAUAUAAAGUCUUAUUCCCCAUCGUAUGGGUGGCGGAGUAUAUGCUCAGCUAGAUCUCUGGUUAAUAAAGGACUUAUUAAAAGAGUCGGAUCUGGGACUUCUAUCUCAGUUUGGGAGGAUCCAUGGAUUCCAGCUCAAUUCCCGAGACCAGCAAAAAGUAAUGGAUCUAUUAUGGAUCCAUCUCUAAAAGUAAACAUGCUAAUCGACCGCCGGUCGAAUUUUUGGAACAUUGAUCUCCUUAAGGCGAUCUUUGACCAGGAUGAUGUCGAAUUAAUUAGUGCCCUACCAGUGGGAGCGAUACACAAGGAGGAUACUUUGGGUUGGCACUUUACAAAAUCCGGCAAAUAUUCAGUUAAGUCGGGGUAUCAUACCGCAAGGUUGGAUAAGUCAGAGUCUAGCUCCUCUUUCAUUGGGCCAGAUCUCAAUAAGUUAAAGGCUAACACUUGGAAAGUACAGUGUCCACCAAGGAUAUGUCACUUUUUAUGGCAAAUUUUAACGGGUUGUGUACCGGUUACAGAGAAUUUAAAGAGAAGAGGAGUUGUAUGUGACCCAGGAUGUGCCAGAUGUGGUGCACCUGAGGAAACAGUCAAUCACACACUAUUUCAGUGCCACCCAGCACGACAGGUUUGGGCGCUUUCUCAAAUUCCUACGGCUAUGGGGAUUUUCCCCUCGGACUCUAUUUUUGCGAAUUUAGAUCAUCUAUUUUGGAGGAUACCUUCGGAGGUUGAUUCCGCUGCUUAUCCAUGGAUUCUUUGGUAUAUCUGGAAAGCACGGAAUGAAAAGAUUUUUGGAAAUGUUGAUAAUAAUCCGCUAGAAGUUUUACGGCUAGCGGAAAAAGAGGCACAAUUGUGGCAAUCAGCUCAAGUGGAGCUUCUUAGUGACAAUCAAGAAUCAUGGACAACUCCAAACCGGCCUCGAACGAGGGAGGGUGGUUUUGCACACCAUCACAUGGUGAGCCGACAACAAUGGGAGCUGCUAACCUCCGUAGAAGCCUAUCUCCGCUACAUACAGAAUUCGAGGCCCUCCUUUGGGCGAUGAAGUGUAUGAUUGGUGCAGAUAAUCAAGAGGUAGCUUUCUU